CCGCCUUUUCAACGCCCAUAAUUAAAUGAUUUUAUCACAUUUUGCGUCCAAAGAAAAUAGUUGGCAUAGCGGAAAGGAUCGGAUCACGUUGUACCAUGUUUUGGUUUACUUUAAGCGCUGUUUUACUUUUAUAUGCGUUGCGAUAUCGUUAUCCCUACUUCAUCAAAGAAGCCCUAUUCGUGUUCAGACUUUUCUCAGUCGGAUAUCGCCUGUCAAAACGCAAAACAUCCAAACCAUACUAUACCUUAGUGGAUCGUUUUCUGGAUUCCGUUAAGAAGAACCCAAACAAAGCGUUUAUUCGCUUUCAGGAUGACACAUAUACAUAUCUGGAUUCGGAUAAACGGAGUAAUAAAAUCGCGAUGACUUUGUUAAAGCACGCAAAUCUUCAUGAAGGAGAUACAGUUGCGCUUCUCAUGGGGAAUGAGCCCAUGUUCUUGUGGAUAUGGUUGGCUUUGGCCAAGAUUGGAUGUUCUGCUGCUUUUCUCAAUUACAACAUCAGAUCUAAAUCACUGCUGCACUGUUUCUCCUGCAGUGGGGCCGGUGUGUUGAUUGCUGCUGCAGAAUUACAGGAUGCUGUUGAGGAGGUAGUGCCUGCGCUGAGAGAGCAGGGGGUCUUGGUUUAUAUACUGACUGAUAAUGUUAACACUGAGGGAAUGCAAAGUCUAACCGACAAGAUCAGGCAGGCUUCAGAUGAGUCCAUUCCUGCAGAUCUGAGAGCCAAUGUUACCUUCAGCAGCCCUGCGGUGUACAUCUAUACAUCAGGCACAACAGGUCUUCCAAAGGCAGCACUGAUCAAUCAUCAAAAGUUGUGGGCCAUGUCCUUCUACCAGUUCCUGUGUGGAGUGACCUCUGAUGAUUUGUUUUAUGUGAACCUUCCCUUGUAUCACAGUGCUGGCUUUUGCCUUGGAUUUUUAGGUUCCAUUGAACGAGGAGCCACUGUGGUCUUGAGGAGAAAGUUCUCUGCCUCUCAGUUCUGGAAUGACUGCAGGAAAUACAAUGUAACAGUGAUUCAGUACAUUGGAGAGACAAUGCGCUACCUCUGCAACACACCAAAGCGUUUUAGUGACCAAGUACACAACGUUAGAAUCGCCUUUGGGAAUGGGCUCAGGGCAGAUGUUUGGAGGACAUUUAUAAGCAGAUUCGGUCAAAUUGAUAUCAAAGAAUUCUACGGUGCAACUGAGGGAAACAUGAGCUUCAUGAACUUCGCUGGCAAAAUUGGGGCUGUUGGGAGAAUGAACACUUUUCAUAAGAAAUUGAACCCAUAUGCCUUUAUCAAGUUUGACCAGGAGCAAGAGAUGCCUGUUAGGAAUGCAGAUGGAUUUUGUCAAGAAGUUGCUAAAGGUGAGACAGGUCUCCUGGUAUCAAAGAUUACUCAGAGGUCUCCUUUUUAUGGAUAUGCCAGGGAUCCAAAACAGACACAAAAGAAGAAACUGUACAAUGUGUUUGAGAAGGGUGAUGUUUACUUCAACUCUGGUGAUCUGUUCAGGGUUGACCAGGAAAACUUCAUCUACUUCCAGGAUCGGGUGGGCGACAAUUUUAGGUGGAAAGGGGAGAAUGUGUCUACAAAUGAGGUGUCGGACAUGAUGACAAUGUCAACGAGUAUCGAUGAAGCGAACGUGUAUGGUGUUACAGUUCCAGGGCAUGAGGGUAGGAUAGGAAUGGCUGUCAUCGUAUUAAAGGAAGGACAACAGUUUGAUUGCGAUGGUAUAUUUAGUCAUGUGACCACUUACCUUCCCUCUUACGCAAGACCACGUUUCAUAAGGAUUCAGAACUGUUUGGCUGUUACUUGCACCUUCAAACAGCUCAAAGUGAGGCUGGUAGAGGAAGGCUUCAACCCUGCAGUAAUCAAUGACCCGCUGUUUAUCUUAGAUGACACAGUGAAAAGCUACAGACCUCUGACACAUGAGAUAUACCAGUCAAUACAUGAGGGUCACUUCAAAUUGUGAAGAUAAGUACCUAGUGUUUUCUGUAAGAUGAUUGGCUGCUGUUGAAAACCACCCACUCCAUGUCUCAAAGGUUGAAUUGGAGUAUGAGGGUUGCCAAAUUAACCACAAAUUCAAUGUAGGUCAGCUUUACUUAUAUACUUCAGAUUUACUGUACUAUGGAGGACGAAACCUGCUAAAAUAAUAAAUGAAGUAAUCUGCAUAUCCUUGCAUAAAUAAAUAUAUGAAUAAUGUGCGAAGAGAUCUACAAAUAAAUAAAUAAAUGCACCAAUCAAUGCAAAAUAAUACAAUAUAAAAAAUAAAUAAAUGGUUGAGGAAAUGCAAAUUGUUAAUGGAAAUGCAAAAUUGAAAGUUGAUUUUUAAUUCCACAUUCUAUAUUUCUUUAAUCAUUUAUUUAUUUCUGUAUGCUGUUCCGUAUAUUUAUGUUGCCUUCGCAUAACAUGCUAAUGAGAGGAUUUCAACAGCUGUUCAGGCAUCACAGUCAAACUAUCGAUAACAAGUGCAGCGGGAGUUUGCAUUUUCCCCACGGUGAAGAGAAGGUCAAUAGCAGAAUUGCUCCACGAGGCAAUAUAGUUUGGAGAAUUGUACAAGUGAGAUAAUUUACUAAACUUUUAUUUAUUGAUUGAAUGUGAAAAUUUGGUAUUGACCUUAUUAAUGUCAUAGUCAUGCGAAGCACUUUGACAAUGAUCAGCCAGUGGUGUCAUAAAGUCCGCCUACUGAUGUUUGAUUGACAUCCUCUCAUUAGCAUGUAACACGGAGGAAAAAUAAGAAAGUACAUACUGAAAUCAAUGAAUGAUUAAAGAAAUAUAGAAUUAAAAAUCAACUUUCAAUUUUACAUUUUCCUUUGACAUUUUUUUAAUUUCCCCAUUAAACGUUUUGCACUAAUGGGUGCAUUUAUUCAUGUAUUUAUUUAAUUAUUUGUAUAUCUCCUCGCACAUUUAAUUUAUUUAUUUAUGCACAAAUAUAUGGAUUUAUUUACUUAUUAUUUUUUUCAGGUUUCGUCCUCCAUAGUCUGGAGACAGUAAAACUACAUAAAAGUCUCAUUAAAAACAGAGAGGCCCUUAAAACACUCAUGACUAAAUAUGAAGUUUUGGGGGUAUAUAUUAAUUUGAAUUAUAUAUUUGUAAAAACAUAUAUCUUGAAAAAUAUUUUGAAAAGUUUUCCCCCCAGUAAAUUAAAGAUUAUGUUUGAGAGUUAAAGUAUUUUAAUAUCUUUAUUUGAUGGAUUUUUUUUUUUUUUAGAAAAUGCUAUAAAUGUUUUUCCAAAUAUUUAUGAAGCCAACGCAGACACAAAUAUUACAUUUCUACGAACUUAACACGUGUUUAUAACAAAACAGUAAGUAUUUCUAAAUUGCAUCAUCUCAGACAAUUUAUAUACUGUAUAUGACCCAUGUGUAUAUCCUGUUUUUUUCUAUGAUGCUUAUGUAUUUUUUGCAUUCAAUUUUAGUUAUUAAAAAGCCUGUCUAUAACGUUGUGUAUAAAUAUUGUAAUAAUAUCAAUAUUUGGGGAACUUACAAUAUUGAAGUGCAGUAAGUGAGCCCCUAAAUGCUCAAAACAUGCCCUAGUUGCCACUAAAGAAAAUUUGGGCUUAAAAGAAUUGUCAUACCAAUGCGCAUAAUAGUUUCCUAUUGUAUAUUAUAAUGAACUACUUAAUAUGUAAUUAUUUAGCGGUACUGCUUGAAAUGACACAUUAAAGCACAACAAAGCAUUUCUCUUUUAAACUGCUU